AUGAGAGAUCCAGCCUUCACAGGGACUGCAAUGGCUUAUCACCCGUUCCACGCUCCCAGACCAGCCGAUUUCCCCAUGUCAGCUUUCCUAGCGGCAGCCCAGCCGUCUUUUUUCCCGGCUCUGGCUCUGCCUCCGGCGGCGCUGGCUAAACCCAUCCCGGACCCUACUUUGGCUGGAGCAGCAGAAGCUGGUCUGCACGUCUCGGCCCUGGGGCACCAUCACCAGGCAGCCCAUCUGCGAUCUCUCAAGAGCCUGGAACCGGAGGAGGAGGUCGAGGACGACCCCAAAGUGACUCUGGAAGCCAAAGAGCUUUGGGACCAGUUUCACAAGUUGGGGACAGAGAUGGUGAUCACCAAGUCAGGAAGGAGAAUGUUCCCCCCGUUUAAAGUGCGUGUGAACGGCCUGGACAAGAAGGCCAAGUACAUUUUAUUAAUGGAUAUAGUGGCUGCGGAUGAUUGCCGGUAUAAAUUCCACAAUUCUCGCUGGAUGGUAGCCGGGAAGGCGGAUCCAGAGAUGCCCAAGCGUAUGUACAUCCACCCGGACAGCCCUGCUACAGGGGAGCAGUGGAUGGCGAAACCUGUUGCCUUUCACAAACUCAAGCUCACUAACAACAUCUCGGACAAGCACGGAUUUACCAUAUUGAACUCCAUGCACAAGUACCAGCCCAGGUUUCAUAUAGUGCGAGCCAAUGACAUCCUAAAGCUUCCCUACAGCACCUUCCGGACGUAUGUGUUCCCUGAAACAGACUUCAUAGCAGUCACCGCAUAUCAGAACGAUAAGAUCACCCAGCUUAAAAUCGAUAAUAACCCAUUUGCAAAAGGAUUCAGAGAUACCGGGAAUGGAAGGCGAGAAAAGAGGAAACAGCUCACUCUCCCCUCCCUGCGGAUGUAUGAGGAGCAGUGCAAACCUGACCGAGAUGGGGGCGAAUCCGAUGCUUCCUCGUGUGAUCCUGCCCCAGUGCGCGAUACACUUCACUCCCCAUUGGGUACAGCCCCGAGUCCCCUGAGACUCAACCGCAGCAGCAGAGAGGAGAAAUCCUGCCCGGAGAGCGACCCGGAGCUGGAGAAGCUGCCCGAGGAGCGGCCGGCCCGCGGGCCCAGCCCCGGCCCGGAGGAGGCCAGCCCGCGCAGCAGCCCGCGGCUGCCGGAGGAGCGCAGCCGGGAGAGACCCAGCCCGGAGAAGCCCAAGGGGCUGGAGAAGGACAAGCCCGAGGGGCGGCGGAAAGAGCCGGAUGCCUCCAAGAAGGAGGCGGAGGGCGGCGGGCUGAGCAAAGAGUCCUUCGCCCCCCUGAUGGUGCAGACAGACAGUCCCCCGCACCUGAGCGCCGGCCACCUGCAGAGCUUGGCGCUCUCCGGCCUGCACGGGCAGCAGUUCUUCAACCCGCUGGGCGCCGGGCAGCCGCUCUUCCUGCACCCGGGGCAGUUCGCCAUGGCCCCCGGGGCCUUCUCCGCCAUGGGCAUGGGACACUUGCUGGCCUCGGUGGCCGGCGGGGGCCUGGAGAACGGAGCCCUGGCUUCGACUCAGGGGGCGGCCGGGACCGCCACCCCCUUCCCCUUCCACCUCUCCCAGCAUAUGCUGGCCUCUCAGGGAAUUCCGAUGCCCACCUUUGGCGGACUCUUCCCUUAUCCGUACACCUACAUGGCAGCUGCGGCCGCCGCCGCCUCAGCGCUGCCAGCGACCAGUGCGGCUGCGGCCAGCUCCCUGUCCCGGAAUCCCUUCCUGAGCAGCACCCGCCCUCGCCUGCGCUUCAGCCCGUACCAGAUCCCCGUCACCAUCCCACCCAGCACCAACCUCCUGACCACCGGUCUGCCCGCCAGCCUGAACCCAGGCUCGGAAGGCUCCAAACCCAGCAGCAGCAGGGAAUCCAGCCCCCUCCCAGACCUCCCUUUGCACAAAUCCAGCAGCCAGAGGGGCUCCCUCUCUCCCAAAAGCUCCCUGAAAGAUUCCAUCAAUGAACUGCAGAAUAUCCAGAGACUGGUCAGUUGCUUGGAGAGCCAAAGGGAGGUGUCACCCGGCAGGGAGUCCCCCAAGUGA